AGGAUUAAGAUCAAACAUGUCGGAUCCGUGGCAAGCGGUCGACCCGUGGGGCGGUACCAACACCGUCCCAAACAACUCGUAUUAUCCACCAGCCGCGGCAUCAGCGCCAUCGCAGCGGUGGACAGAUGCAAAUGGGAAUGAGUAUAUCCUCGACAUCCAGGGGGAGACCGUCACUGCCUCCUGCGAGAAAUUGAAUUAUCACGAAUCCGGCACGCUGAAAAACGGCAAGCUCGGGCUGUUUGGAACCUGGCACGACUACACGCCUGAGAAAAUCACUUUCGGGCCACCCUUGUCCACCAGCUGGACGCGCGUCGAUCAAGGCGAAGAACCGCAGCCUGCCCAAGCCGAGCCGGCGGCAGACAAUUGGUCGAGCUGGGGUAACGCGAACGACUCCUGGAACUCCUGGAACAACCCGCAGGGCCAAGCCCAGACCGAGCAGUCGAAUGGCGCCUGGGGAAGCUGGGGGGGUACAGCAGCGCCUAGCUGGGAAGAUCAGGAGAAGAAGCGCUGGGAAGGCUAUCAAAGGGAGUUCCAAUCCGCCCAAGAGUGGAACAAAGAGCGCGGGAUCCUUCCAGGAGGCCAGGAAGAGAUGGAUCCCUUCAGCGGUGAGGCGGAAUCCAAAGGCAGCGGUGAAGAUUUUUGUCUUUAUGACUCCGUGGCGGUGACCGUGAAUGGGACGAAAACAGACCAGAUCAGACGCCUCGCGAAUUUCGAGGACCUCUUUACCAGGUUUGCAGGGGACAUUCCGGUGCAGCUGGAGGAGAACAUGAACAAGUGUGGUUUCUCGAUGCCAACGCCGGUCCAAAAAUGGGCCAUCCCAGCUGCAUUGGCAGGACGUGAUAUCAUGUGCUGCGCCCAAACUGGCAGUGGCAAAACCGCUGCCUUUCUUGUGCCAACUCUGGCAAGCAUGAUCAAGCAUCACAAAGCCGUCGGUUCUAUGGAGGUGGCCUUCGAAGGCCCUUGCAAGCCUGACACGCUGAUUCUGUCCCCCACCCGGGAGCUCUGCCUCCAGAUCUUUGAAGAUGCCUUGAAGUUUUGCCAUAAGACGAAGCAUCGAUGCCUUCGUGUUUAUGGCCAAGAAAAGGCGAAGACCCAAAUCCUCGAGAUUGCCCGAGGUGCAGACCUUUGCGUGGCCACCGUGGGGCGCUUGUACGACUUUGUGGGUGCCGGGAUUAUCAGCGUUGCGGAUGUGAAUUGCUUCGUCUUGGACGAAGCUGAUCGCAUGCUGGACUUGGGAUGGAAGGAGCAGAUCGAGGACAUUGUUGAAAAUCACGGCAUGCCGCCAAAGACGGAGCGGCAGACGUGGAUGUUCUCAGCCACAUUUCCGCAGGAGAUUCAAACCCUCGCGCUCAAGUAUCUGCAUGAUCACCUCUUCAUUUCAGUCGGCGUGGUUGGCAGCCCUGCGGUUACCGUGACACAGAUUGUGCAGAAGGUGGAGAAGGCAGAGAAGACGGACAAGCUGGUGGAGUUCAUCUCCGGUUUCAUGCAACAAAGGAAAGGCAAUGAGAGGAUGCUGGUCUUCACCAACAGCAAGAACCAGGCCAAGCUUCUGGAUCAAGAGCUCUGGGUGCAGGCCCCAGUAUUGCUGUGCUCAGGCUUCCAGCCGUCGCUUCGGACCAAGAAGCACGAAGUGGCCACCACCGCUGCCAUCCACGGAGAUUUGGAUCAGCCGGCCCGAGAAGCCAACCUGGCCAAGUUCCGGGACGGCAAGGUGGAUGUGAUGGUGGCCACCGACGUGGCCUCCCGAGGUCUUGAUAUCAGUGGGGUGUCCCACGUGCUGAACUACGACGCUCCUAAGGAGAUCUCGCUUUAUGUGCAGCGCAUUGGCAGAACUGGUCGCAUCGGUCAUCGUGGCACUUCAAUUACCUUCAUCACCUUCGAAGCUGGAUGGUGCAUUGACAGUGACGAUCUGUUGACUGAGCUGCCAGAUAUCAUGAAGGGUGCGCCAAACACGGAGAUCCCGGACUGGCUUGACGCGCUCAGCAAAGAAAAGAAAGAAGGCACAUGGUACUCCAAGAAGAAGGAUGACCAGUGGAACUACACCGACGUCCGCAAAAACGGCAAUUUCGAGGGAUGGAAGGAUGGCAACGACCAGGACCAGGCUCAGGCAAACAGCUGGAGCAACUGGCAGGGGACAGGCGCAACGCAAGAGGAAAGCACCCAGUCCCAGGGUGAGUGGAAUGCCAAGAGCGGCGACAGCUGGUCAUGGUGAUUAUUUUAAUGUACACAGUUAGUAGGAACUGUUAGGAAUGGUACAGCAGCUGCGCGCGUUGUACGACGGAUUCUUGUCAUCGCGAUGUGUCACGAA